CGUCCGGCGGCGGCCAUGGCGCUGUCGGAGGCGGGGGCCGGCGGGCGGCUGCUGCUCUGGCCCCGCGUCGUCCUCUUCGGAGACUCCAUCACUGAGUACUCCUUCCAGGAAAAUGGCUGGGGGACAUCCCUUGCUGAGAGACUGGUCAGAAAAUGUGAUGUUGUGAACCGCGGGCUCUCGGGGUACAACACCAGGUGGGCUAAACUGAUCCUCCCCAGGCUGAUCAGUAGAAGUACCGGUGCUGAGAGCACUGUGGCAGUUACUAUUUUCUUCGGAGCCAAUGACAGUGCUUUGAGAGAUCUGAACCCAAAGCAACACGUCCCGUUGGAGGAAUAUGCCGAGAACUUGAAGAGCAUGGUCCAGUAUCUGAAGUCCGUGGACGUUACUGAGGACAGGAUUAUUUUGAUAACGCCGCCACCUCUUCAGGAAUCAGCUUGGGAGAAGGAGUGUGUUGCCAAAGGUGACAGAUUGAAUCGCCGCAAUGCCACCACUGGGGAGUAUGCCCAGGCCUGUGUCCGGGUGGCGAGGGACUGUGGAACGGAUGUGGUCGACCUCUGGACCCUGAUGCAAAAAGAUCAGGAUUUCUCCUCCUAUUUGUCCGACGGGCUGCAUUUGUCACCAAAAGGCAACAGCUUCCUGGCAGCGCAGCUUUGGUCCCGCCUGGAUACAAAACUGUCUGCUCUUCCCCGGCUGCUCCCCUACUGGCGCGACGUGGACCACACGGCCCCCGAGGCCACUCUGCUCUGAGACCCCCGCGGGACCCAGCCCAAGCAGCCAGGCCAGUUACAAACCACCCUGCCAGCAGCAGGUACCUGAGGAACAGGGCAGGGAGGAGCCCCCCAUCGAUACGCACUCCCCUCCCCUUCCCUUGGUCGCUGGGAGAAUAAAGAUGAGGCCGCCGGGGUUGUGUUGCGGGGUGGUUUGUCCGCACCCUGCGUGGAACAUCGAGGAGGGAGCACCUCUUCUCCUGGGAGCCUUGGGGGAAAAUGAGAGUCUCGGCUGCCCUGAGGGGUUCCUGGCUGAGCUUUGGGGACUACACUUUGGUUAAUUCCAUCUGUGUAAUUCCGGGCUGUAGUAAUGGUUUUGUUGACAUGAAGCAGAGGAGGCCAGUGGUGAGGCCAUGGGUGAUGUAUUUAUUAUGCACUGGGUGAGGCAGAGGCUUGAGGGGAGCUUUGUUAGCACCAUGGGGCUGCCUUUGCUUCACUAAAUAACUACAAGUUGGCCAAGACCUGUCAUUACUAUGUAAUAACUACUUAUGCUCUGAUUUGUAACGCUAUUUUUCAUGUGCCUGGAGCCAGACCAGAAGCCAGUUUGAUUUAUAAAUGUUUAUGAGUAUUGAACCACGACUGUCCUUUCUGUAAUAAAUGCUUACAGCAAA